UAAUGCAGUUAAUGCAAUCAAUCAAACGCUUUACUACUUCCAAACUCAACGGUAUUUACACCUCGAUACUUCAUAUAUAUACUUCAUUCAAAUCUGUUUUUUGAAUCCUCAAAAAUUGGCAAGACAUUCCAAUCAUCCCGUGCAAGACCUCACUCACACCACCCACUCUUGUACAUUCCAUUCCUUUCAACCAAAUUUCUCACAAUGACUACGAGGUAAGAUACGUUUCCGUUCUCAUCGCCUGCAGCACACCGAUACCGUAGUACUCACCGUUCCCCUAGAUAUCGAGUUGAGUGUACGUGUUCAUAGCAUUAGCAUACUCCCAACGAAAAUAGUCCAUCCUAAUUCCAGGUACUCAGAUGCACUCAAGACUCAUCGACGAGACCAAUUCAUAGGUACUACUAGUCGACUUCUGUUUCUAAUGUCUUCCCUCGAGUCCUUUGCUCCAUACAUGAAUAAACACCCCUCGAUAGUGUUCCUGUUGACUUGGAAGUCACCAUUUUCACUUUGGGCAAGUGCUCUUCUAAAUUUGAGGAUUUCUUUGCUAAUUCUCAAUGGAAGAAUGGAUCAAAGGUUUAUUGGCUGUGCCGUUCGUAUUGCAUUCACAGCCAACCGGUGUGUUUGAGUCGAGAAAUGGAACGAUAGGUGAAAUGGCCGAGAUAGCCCACCGCCGUUACGCAGAAAUUAUGCAGGAUGUUGAAGAUAUGAUUGAUGAUCAUAGUAAGUGUGAUCCUUCACAUCAUCCAUCUUUCGAGAUAUUAAAAUCAUCAAGUCGCCCAUCAAAAGGUUGGUUUGGGAGGUCAGUCGAAAUUGAAACUACUGGUUCCUAGUAUUGGUACAUUCUUCACCCGACUUCCACUGGCCGACGCUUUUAGAUAUCAGGAUCGGAAACGUUUUAUUUCGUCAAGAAGAUUUGUUCCUCCUUCCUUCAACGAUAUUAGGGUGAUUUUGAACACUGCGCAACUCAUGGGAGUUACCUCUGCGGGCUCAGUGGAUUUAGCUACCUUUGAUGGUGAUGUUACAUUGUGAGCCAUACUCUUCGUCUGAGAGCCAAAUUACUAACGGAAAGUCUCCAAGAUAUGAUGAUGGUAAAAGUCUCGAGCCUACGAAUCCCGUUAUUGAGCGGAUAAUCAGUAAGUUCGACAACUUGCCCUUGCAUGCUCAGCUACUGAUAGUAAUAGAUCUCAUGAGCCAUAACACAAAAAUUGGUAUUGUAACCGCAGCUGGCUAUACUGAGGCCGAAAGAUAUUAUGGAAGACUCCAUGGAUUGUUGGAAGCAAUCAAAGUGUCUACUCUUCUUACACCAGAGCAAAAGCAGAAUCUUAUUGUGAUGGGUAAAUCACCUUUCAUUCGGCUCCUCCCGAAAUUUCCUUUCCUCCAUCUCCUUUUCAUUGCGAUUCGUCUUACCUUUGCACUUACUCACGUACAUCUCUGGAUGCUUUAAAACUCUCGUCACGUUCCUUCUAACACUGCAUCAGGUGGUGAAUCCAACUUCCUUUUCACUUAUGACUCUGAUUCCCCUCACCUUCUAACUCAUCACCACCGCCGCUCCUGGAUUCUGCCCAGUAUGUCCACUUGGACUCAGCCGAACAUAACCGCCCUUCUCGAUCUUGCGGAAUCCUCCCUCCGUGAAUGUGUCACGAACCUAGCCUUGCCCGCCACUAUCCUUCGAAAAGAGCGAGCUGUCGGAAUUAUUCCUCGUGAACCGGGCUUCAAAUUUGCACGAGAACAUCUCGAAGAAACCGUACUAGUUGUACAAAAAAAGCUUGAAAUGUCGGAUGCUGGUCGUUCGUUGCCCUUCUGCGCUUUCAAUGGAGGAAACGAUGUUUUUGUGGACAUUGGCGAUAAGAGCUGGGGAGUAUUGGUUUGCCAAAAGUUUUUUGGUGGAAACGUUGAAGACGAAAGUCAAUGGAUUAAAGGAGAAAGAACAUUGCAUGUCGGAGAUCAAUUUUUGAGUGCUGGAAGCAACGAUUUCAAGGCGAGAGUGGUAGGCACUACAGCAUGGAUUGCAAGUCCCAGGGAGACAGUUGAAUUAUUGGACGAGCUAGGAGGAUUUAUUCAGAAGAAGUAGGUGGAUUGAGAUGAGGAUGUUUGUUGGGGUAAAAUAAAGAAUGUGGAGUUUCUUCGCACGACCAGUCCUACUUUCAUCCUGAGACUGGGAGUCAGGUUAGUAAUCACCUUAGUUUCACUUGUCGAGCAAAUGAUACGUAUUAUCAGCGAAGUCCCUUCAUGGUCGAACUAUCUCUGUGACUUCCGUAUGCUU